ACUGCAAGCGAAAACAGUUUCAUCACUUUGGGAAGUUCUAUGUGCUUCAAAUUUGGGCUGGUUGGUGAUUAUGAUUUCAUGUGUACAGUGUGCCUCAGAUCCCCCCCAGGCAAUCUGAAGCACUGUAUAAAAGGAGCAGGUGCAUAGACCUAUUCCAUCUCCCUCUCCUGUGUACUCUCCUCUACAUCAGGAUCACCUUCAUCCAAGACAGAAAUGUCUUGCUACGACCUGUGCCCCACCACCAGCAGCAUCACCUGCCCCCAGCCCAUUGCUAACAGCUGCAAUGAGCCAUGUGUCCGGCAGUGCCCCAACUCAACGGCCUUCAUCCAGCCGCCCCCCGUCGUCGUCACCUUCCCCGGCCCCAUCCUCAGCUCCUUCCCCCAGCAAGCCAUGGUGGGCUCCUCCGGAGCACCCGCCUUUGGGGGCAACCUGGGGCUGGGGGGCCUCUACAGCUCCAGGAGCCUCUACGGUUAUGGGGGCUCUCUGGGAUAUGGUGCCCAAUGUGGAUAUGGGAGUUCAGCCCUCUCCACACUCAGCAGCAGCUACUGCAGCCCAUACUCAUCCCGCCAGUACAGCCGGUUCCUCCGCAGCAGCUGUGGGCCCUGCUAAAGGCAGCAGAGAAGCUCUCAGAAGAGCCACACACACAUGAAGGCCCAAAUGCAGAGCAAUGAGGAUGGGGGUUCAGUGUUCCUGCAGCCCUGCAAUGGAGCUACUGCCACUUAACAUUUCUGAUCUUUCUUCUACUUUUUGUUUACCCUUCAGUUUCUCAUUUGUUGUUUGCUAUUGUUGCCUGUUCCAGCUUUCCCAUUUUUUUUAACCAUCAUGGAGCAGCGUAUUCCAUAUGGACAUUACUCAUAAUGACAAGUAUCUUCAUCAGUAGUUGCACAACAGACAGAAGAAAGCCAGCUGAGGACAGCAAUAUCUCAGAGCAGGACAUUUGUUGAACAUUUUGUGAAAUUGUCUGGAAACAGAUUUUUCAUAUUCUGUGAUAUCUCGCUUUGCAAACAUAGGCAUUUCUUGCUCAUUAAAAUUUUGUUGCAUCA